ACGGGAAUGGCCCUGAAUGGGCGGGGCUACUGGCAGCAGCUGGGGGCCCCAUCCCGGUAUAUAAGGCCCGGCACCCGGUCUAGCUGCUACAGUCAAUGAGAAGUAUCAUCUCUUUCAACAUGAAGUUUUUGUCGCUGAUGGUGGUGGUGGUGGUGGCCCUGGCCGCCCUCAUGCGGUCAGCCCGAGCUAUGCCUGAACCACAGUUUGGUGGUGGUGGAUUCGGUGGUGGAUUCGGUGGUGGCGGAUUCGGUGGUGGUCACCGCGGUGGCGGAUUCGGUGGUGGAUUUGGCGGCCACCAUGGUGGAUUUGGCGGUCACCGUGGUGGAUUUAGCGGUCACCGUGGUGGAUUUGGCCAUGGUGGUGGCUUCCGUGGAUAAUCCCAAUACUCUGCCACUCUUCGAAUGCUAGACAAUACCGCUCUAAAAACUACAUAAAAGUACAUAUCCUCAAAUGUACUUUUACGCCUGCAUAUCGACUAAUUCUGCUGACGCAGUCUAAGGCCUGGAGAGUAAGACAGCUGAUCAAACUAAUCCAGAUCAGCAUCUCCAACAAGCAGCAUCUAUCAUCUUCUACAAACAGCAUCAUUAGCAGGCUAGAUACAUCACCAAAAUUAAAUACAUUGCGAAGAGUGUCAUUUGAUGCAGUUCCUACCGACUUCCUCAAUAACUAAACCCGUCAACUCAAAUGCCGUGAAAAUUAUACUUAUUUUCAUA